CACCAGACUAAUCUGACUAUACCAGUAUACUGUGGUUACAAUGAUGUCUGGGGGUAUGAUUCGGUCCGCGGUGAGGGCUUCCGGAAGCCACGCUGCGUGCUCCAUCAGAAUUGGAGCUGCAUCGCAAUUAGCCUCGGUGAGCAAGCGCCAAUUGCAAGGAGCAUAUCCUCAUACUCAGAUUGGGGAUAAAAGAUGGAUUUCAGUCUACGGGUAUACGCAAUCGAAGGCUCUCAUCUACUCGCGCUACGGAGAGCCCAAGGACGUCCUACAGCUUCACAAGCACUCCAUCUCCGCGCCCCAUGGUACUCAAGUCAAUCUCCGCCUGCUCGCUGCGCCGCUGAAUCCUGCCGACGUGAAUCAGAUCCAGGGUGUAUACCCGAGCAAGCCACCGUUCCAAUCGACACUCGGUACGCAGGAGCCGGCUGCUGUCGCUGGAAAUGAGGGCGCAUUCGAGGUUUUGUCCACCGGCUCUGGAGUGAAAAACCUCAGCAAGGGUGACUGGGUUGUCAUGAAACAGACUGGACAGGGCACCUGGCGCACUCAUGCUCAGCUGGAUGAAUCGCAGUUGAUUAAAAUUGAAAACAAGGACGGCUUGACCCCACUUCAGAUCAGCACGGUUAGUGUCAACCCAGUAACAGCUUACCGCAUGAUUAAAGAUUUUUGCGACUGGGACUGGAUGCGUGCCGGAGAGCACUGGUUGAUCCAGAACGGGGCAAACAGUGGUGUUGGACGCGCUGCUAUUCAGCUUGCACGAGAGUGGGGUAUCAAGACCCUCAAUGUCGUCCGGGAACGGAAGACUCCAGAGGAGACAGAAGCUCUGAAGAAAGAACUCACAGAUCUCGGUGCGACUGCGGUGGUCACAGAGGCCGAGUUGCUUUCAGGCGAAUUCAGGAACGUUGUACAUGAGCUCACGCGCAAGGGGAAGGAGCCCAUCCGCCUCGCUUUGAACUGUGUGGGUGGAAAGAGUGCCACCGCACUGGCAAAAACACUCGCACCAGGUUCGCAUCUGGUCACCUACGGGGCCAUGUCGAAGCAGCCAGUUUCUCUGCCGUCGGGAUUGUUGAUCUUCAAGAACCUCGUUUUCGAUGGCUUCUGGGUUAGCAAAUGGGGCGACAAGAAUCCGCAGCUGAAGGAAAACACCAUCAAUGAUGUACUGCAGCUGACACGGGCUGGUAGGUUUAAGGAUAUCCCCGUUGAGGAGUUCAAAUGGAAAUGGGACACGGAGGGCUCCGAGCUUGUAGCAGGCGUGCAGGAAACCCUCAGCGGUUACCGCAGCGGCAAGGGCUUGCUCAGAUACGAGGAACAGGAAUGAACUAGCUAAAAGCUAAUCUUCCAACUCGAGUGUUCCGAUAAAUAUGAAUCUGUACAGUACGCUUUCUUGGCUGUCGAACGAUUUCGGUUGAUGGAUAGCUAGUACAAUUUAUCCGUAGCUAUUUCUACCAGUCAAGUGGGAAGACCCC